UCCACCUGACAGAUACAGGCGGUCCACAGACAGGCACCACAAACCAAUUUUUAAAAAAUAGCUAAACGAAGUGACUCUCUCGGCUAGAACCUCACAAGAAGAGUUUUGACAUUUGGUGUAUUGGUAGAAACUUCGAUUCUGGAGCUGAAUUCGCCCUCACACAUGGAUGGUACCUGAAGACGAGCGGGUUGGAUAAAUUUCGCCGCUGUCCGACUGACUGGCAGCCAUUUUGGAGACAAACCAGCAGUAGCUACAGGUGGAGAUCCUCCUGCCUCCUCCUUGUUCCAGCACAGCAGCGCCCCAUGCAUGGCAGCAUGGAGCCUGGAGCCAGUGGGCCACCGCUCCAGGUUCUUGGAGAGAACGAAGCACUGCAACAAUUCUUCAGCGGUCAGGACGUCAGUAGUGUGUUGGACAGCUCGGUUGCUGUCGACACCAGCAUCCUGGAGCAAUACCUCAGCAACGACAUGGACCCCAGCAACUUCAUGCUUCCUGAGUCUCCUCCUGACUCGGAGGCCUGUUCUCCUCCACAGAUACCAGAUCUCGGAUAUGAACGGUCCUGUUGGUCCAACCGUCCAGAGGCAUUUCAACCAGCAACGUACUGCCACUUUAAGAAUCGAGGCUCAACUCCCCUCGACUCUGACCGACUCAUUCAACCCACUUCCUGUCGGUUAAAAGAUGGUGGCGGCACACUCCACUCUGACUUUCUGACCCACAACCAGCUCAGUGGUUUGGGCCUCACAGACUCUUUUGAAAAGUCUAGGACUCCACCUGAUCCGCAUAUUCUACCGGUUCAUCAGGACACCAACCACCCACCUGAACACUACUUGAAUUCAGGAAGUAUUUUGCAAGGUUACACUCCACCCACACCUCCUUCCCCACCCUUACCUCCAACUAGUACCUACAUCUCCGCCAUGACUGACCAAGGUCUGGUCCAAAACCUCCCUGUGUCACCUUCGCACUGUGUGUUGGGUUCAGUCUCCACAUCGCAUACCUGUUCCCAGGACAGUAAAAAGAGAAGGAGAUCUGAGUCUGAGGAAUCAUUUGCAGCAGUUGAUGCUGCCAGUUGUGAAAGGGAUGGGACUCAUAACACUGGUGCUGAAAAUACUUUAAUUGGACCGGGUCAGAGUUCCUCCCAGUUGCUCAGAUGGGAACACUACAGGCGGGAACACUGGAGCACUUUAUGCAACACCAGCUACCAAACACUGGCGCCUCCUGAGUACCAUAUUGGUACGGAUAAAGGCUUUAACUAUUCUCCAGCUGAUGAAGCCUUUGUGUGCCAGAAGAAGAACCACUUCCAGGUCACAGUUCACAUUGGUGUGGCUGCAGAGCUGCAUUAUGUCAGAACACCCAGCGGUCUGCAGAAAAUCGACCACUUCCAGAUUAAAGUGUUUGGGAUUAAGCUUGAAACACCCAGCCAUGAGGUGACAAUAGAGCAGUCUCAACCUGACCGCAGCAAGAAGCCCUUCCACCCCGUCAGGGUGAGUUUACCUGGUGGCAAAAUAACCACAGUAACUCUUGGUCGACUGCACUUUAGCGAGACAACGGCCAACAACAUGAGGAAGAAAGGCAAACCCAACCCUGAUCAGAGGUACUUUCAGAUGGUGGUUGGCCUUUAUGCUGCCGUCAAAGACGAGACUUUCCUUCUGACUGGCGUGGUGUCAGAGAAGAUCAUUGUUAGGGCGUCCAAUCCAGGCCAGUUUGAGACGGACAGCGACACCUUGUGGCAGCGUGGGUCAGCGCCGGACGCCGCGGUCUGUCAUGGUCGGGUCGGUAUCAACACCGACUCCCCAGAUGAAGCCCUGGUGGUGUGUGGAAAUGCUAAAGUGAUGGGUGCCAUCAUGCAACCGUCUGACAACCGAGCCAAGCAGAACGUACAGGAGGUUGAUUCUGAGCAACUGCUCAAGAGAAUCAAUCAGAUGAGGAUAGUUGAAUUUGACUACACACCAGAGUUUGCCUCCAACAUGGGAAUAGAUCACACCCAUCAGACAGGAGUGAUUGCUCAGGAGGUACAGGAGCUGCUUCCAUCGGCGGUCAUGGACGUCGGUGACGUCGUCUGCUCAGAUGGAGAAGUGAUACAAAAUUUCCUCAUGGUUGAUAAGGAGCAGAUCUUCAUGGAGAACGUGGGAGCUGUACAGCAGUUGACGAAGCUUACGGACAACCUGGAAACUCGUAUCCAAGAACUAGAAGUUUGGAACCGCAGACUAGCAAAGCUGAAGAGCCUAACAGGCAGUCUGCGCUCCAGCAGCAGUAAAGCUCAGGUCAACAUUAGCGGGUCAGUGCCACCAACCCCAGACCCGGGUAGAACCGCAACCACUCAGAAAAACGUCUGGUGUCAGAAACUCGUUCACCUUCUUCAGAAUAAAAUCUUCCUGGCCAGCGUCUUUACCUUCCUGAUCACUAUGGCUAUCUGUAUAAUCUCCGUUUCAGUUCUCUACCUGGUAACUCUGAAGGCGGUAGACAUUGAGAUCCUUCCCAGCAACAGCACCAGCACUGUAUCGCCUACAUCGAAUCAACUAGAAGAAUCACCUACAACAGUCUCAGCAACAAUUCGUGUCUCAAAAACAACGCCUCGUGGUUCCUGGCCUCCUGACGUGAGCUUCUGUGACCUGCUGUUCUGCGAUGAGGUGUUCUGCUGCCCUUCGGCUCCAGUGGGCAGCACUUUCUCCAUCAGGCCGACCUCUGAUCCAUCCAGAAACGUAACAAUAACAGGAGCAGGAAAAGAAAUAAUUAAUCACCUGAAAGCUACUGGAGACUGGCGAAACACAACCAUUCAUACGUUCAUGAUUAAAGAGAACCACCAGGUGAUUGACGGCAAAUACUGCAUGAGGGAUGAAUGUGGGCCUGAGAGAUACAUUUUUAGAGUUCCUAUCAGCCAGUUUGUCCCCGUCAACAUGAGAGUCACGCUGCUUAUGAAUUCUGAUGAAUUGUUGGUGGUUCAUCUAUGUGCUGUAGAUGAGUCCACCCCUUGUUCUGCGGGAAUGAAAGAAGGCGAUGACUCUGAACAUAGGUACCCAUCAAAUACACAGGGGGAACAUGAGUGGCCUCUUCAUGUGGCUCGCCUUCAUUACAGCUCAUAUCACUUCCGGUCUUCAGUAGCUGGUCAAGCAAACUGCAGUACUGACCACCACUUCGCGGGGGCGCUCUUUACAGAUUAUUACUUCCACUUCUACAGACGCUGCAUAAAGACAUAAACAUUAGCUUCUUCCUGAAAAUUAAUUAAAACAAAUGAUCUCAUUUAGCAGAUCUCUGCUUGUACUGACAAAAACACCCUGAAAACUUUUACUGCACUGUUGUAAUGUUGUUUUUUAUAAAUUGCAAAUGCAUUUUAUUGUGAAAGGAAGGCAAUUCUUCAGAUUACGUAACUUGUCACUUUAAAUCUGUUUUGGACACUUCUCGCUUUGUUGAUCUCGACUCAGAAAAAUUUAAAACAAAAUAAAUUCAAAAACCUGC